ACCUUAAUUCUUAUGUUUUAUGCAUUGACAGGAAGUUUACAAGAUUCUUGAAAUGCUUGUGGUUCCGAUUGUGGUGUUCUUCACUCCUUGAUAGAGCUAUGGCAGAUGAAAAUAGACAGUUGGUGUCUGUUCUUGAACAGCACACUAAACAACUUGAGGAGCUACUGGACGGAGUCAAGUCCAGGGUCAAAGAUACUAUGCAAGAUGUUGCAGAAAUGGGCAUUUCUCAACUUGGUCGGGCAAUUGGAAUUUACUACUCUCUUUUCACGAGUUUGAACAUUGUUAGUCGUUCAGAUCUAGAAACCAUCUUCAAGCGUCAUUUCCACCACCCACCUGUCCAAAAUGCUGUCUCAGACUUAGAAGAGCUUGAGGGUGAAUGGGAUGAUUUCCUAGAAAGGGUCCAAAAGCAGAUCACUGGCCCUGAUGAGACACAUUCUUCCCUUAUUGUAGGAUCCCAAGGACCAUGUGAACUGAUGGUGAAGAAUGUAAGGAGUGGAAUAAUGUCAACAUUGGCUACAUACCUGGAUGGUACAAGCCAUGUUCUCCUUAUUCUACUCCGACACUUUGCCUGACUUCCGUGACGCACCCACGUAGCCGAACUAGAGAGACGGUACCAAGAAGUCAAGGAGGCUGGAGGUCUUGUCUUGAUUGUCUCGUUUGGCUCACAAGAGGGUGCACUUCACUGGUUAGAUGUGACUGGAUGUCCAUUUGAUAUGGUGACGGAUGAAGAGAGGAUGAUUUACAAGACGUUUGGCCUACAGGUGUCCAUAUCCAAGGUUUGGCAGAUCAGUUCUAUGUUGUACUAUGCUGAGCAGAAGGCUAUUGGGACUGUAUUGCCGAAGAAACUAGACAACGUAGAGGAUGAUCCAAAUCAGAUGGGUGGUGAUUUCAUCCUGAAUCCCAUGGGCAUUGUAUCCUUUGUGCACUGCAGUAAAUCACCCCAAGAUAGACCAUCUGUAGAUGAACUCCUCCAAGCCAUCAAGAAAAUGGACUUAAAAGAUCAAGUUGAAGAUAGCGCAUAAACUUCCGUCCCGAGCUUUCUAAAUAAUGUUAGGAACAAAUCCUGUACUCAGGAACAAAAUCUAAUCACUUCCAAAUUUUAUUUCCAAUAAUUGGAAUUAAACAUGGAUAUUGAGCAAGUACCAAUAGAAAGUUAACUGUAUCUUAAAUGCAUUUGUGUCUUAGCUAUUAACCAAAAAGGUAUUAAGGGAAGUGAAAAAUAAAGAAACAACCAAAUUAGAGGAUGAUGUAAGAAAAUUGUUUUGUGAUUCUUUGAUAUUGGCAACAUGUACAAUAAUUUGUUUUUUGCACUGUUAAUCUCCAUUCUACUUUUGUGAUUCCUUUAGGCUUAGAAGUAUUCCAGUGUAAAGUAUAUUUUCAGUACCUAUUGGGUGAUUUCAAGAUUCGUAUUGGUGAAAGCAUGAAUUUUGUUGCCUGAUCUAUCUCCCGAUUUUUGUUUACAAAAGUGAUACCAAUCAAGUCAGCACUAUAAAGGUUUUUGAUAACUCAAUACUGAGCAGUUUUAGUCUAAGCAGUGAACUCCAACCUCAUAUCAAGUUUAAUGGCUAGAGUGAAAUAACUUCAACACAAACACCAGCUUUCAACAACUGAACCUGAAGUCACCCAUACUUUAAUAUGAGGAGAGCUGCAUAUUUAGAUCGAUGUCUUGUAAUUGGUGAUAAGACUGUGAUAUUAACCAGCAUAGUGUUCAUUCAAUGUGCAGUAAUAUGGGUAUAUUAAAUUGUAAUACCUCUGCAAGUUACCACUACUUAAACAUAGAAUUUAGUAUUUUCUUUCAUUUUUUCUUAUGUGCUAACAUUUUCUAUGAAUUGAACUUGUCUUGUCUUAUUGUAAGAGUUGAUAUAUUUCAUAACCUAGAUAAUUGAAGCAUGUGCAAUAAAUGAGUAAUGCUUGGUAUGUAUCAAAGAAUCCCCUUCAUAGAAAUAUGAAGUCAUUGGAUUUACCCAAUGUACCAAAUCUUUCAGUUCUUGAAAGGUUACUCAAGUUGACCUGUAUUCAUUUAAUUAUCUGUCAGAUUUUCCUCACAGGGAAUUAUAAAUUUUCAACUCAGGGUUUUAGUUGAAGGGAAAGUUUUGAGUAUCUAUGCAAUUUUCAUGUCCCAAUAUGAUUGUAUUUUCCAUUAUUUGAGAAUGUACAAACUUUUUCAUUUGUAUGACACAUCCCAAAUUCAUUCUUCAUGGCACCUUAUUUGUAUGUCUAGCCAAAGUUUGAACUUAUGACGGCUCUAACAAAAACCACUUCUGUGGGAGUCACUGCCUGAUGCGAAAUAGAAUUCUGGCUAAACAUAUAAGUCCGGGCAUUUGUAGAAUGGAUGGGUUGGAAAUUGGACAAAUAUUAAAUACUGAUAAUUUGUUUGAACAUCUGUUAUUAACUAGUAGUACUUAUAAGUACUGUAUUUAGAUGAUAAAUGACAAUUGUCUUUUUUUAUUUAAAAUAUAUAUGAAUUUACAAAUUUAUAUAAAUAUUUUAUAUGAAAUGACCAUGUGCCAAAUACUGGAAGACAUUUGAAUAUUAGAGAUUGUAUCGUUAUGUGGAGCAUUGUGGCCAAGUCUCCAGACUUUGAAACGGAGGGUUGUGGGUUCAAAUCCCAGCAAUGGUGUAUUUUCCUUCAGCAAGAAAUUUAUCCACAAUGUGCUGCACUCAACCAUGGACCUAUGAAGAGAUGGACAUUCAUCGCUUAGAUAAUGAAUUCACUAACAGGUGACUGUAAUUGUCAUCUGAAUAACAUUCUCUUCGUACUAGUAUUCUUUGGUCCUAUGAUCAUCACCGUGAGAAGGGACUGAAGCAUUUUUAUGAUUGGACAUUUAUAUUUCACAAAUUAUAUGCGCAGUUGAUAACAAAUCAAUGAAAUAAUGAAAAAUCGAUGUGCAGUUUUUGUUUACCUUUGUUAAUCUUAGUUCCAUGUGUUUUAUUUGGGGAAAUGUCUGCAUAUUUUAAUAUAGAGGCAAUAUUGUGAUUGAUUGUUUACCAUUUAAAAUUCAAUUUUCCCAAGUUUCUCCAUAAUUUUCCAGAUAUACGUGGCACAUAGCAUGUAUAGAUCGUGUAUCUCUCAAUGUUAUUGAGGUCCUUAUGUGUGAGCGGUAGUUAGCGGAUUGAAUAAUAUUAUUUUAUAUCAUAAAAAUCGUCUGCUUCUCAAGUUUGCUGCUCCACAUAUGAAGCAUGUUGACUGAAAGGCACAUGCUGAAACAGGGUAUCAGCCAACAAAAAUCAAGACCGGGAAACUGUUCCAUCUUUGAGUGAUCAGAUACCCUUGGUAGUCAUGGUAAUUGCCAUUGUUACAACACCUGUAUGUUCUCAUUAAGAUGCACAUAACCAGGUGACGGUGACUAUCAUUGGAUCAAAGAAAUGCUCGUGUUAAUCGUCCAUCUUUUCAUAGGUCCAUGACUCAACCAAGGUGAGGUAAAUGGGUACCUGAUCGCAAGAAUUUUUGAACUAUUAAAUUUUUUUCUGCGAUCAGUACAAUUGCCAUGAUUGAUCUCUAAAAUCCGAUACUCCAUGAUUAAAGGUCAAUGUCCACCCCAGAAAAAUGUUUAUUGUUUUUUAUUGUUUGAAUUAUACAAUAUUUCAUUUUUUACAGAUUUGACAAUAAGGACCAACUUGACUGAACCAUAUAGUAUUAAACAAUGCUAAUUCCACAUGUUCAGGAGGAUUUUCAUCGUUGUUUCACUUGACAAUAAGGAGAAAAUUAGAAUAUUUCAUCUAAUAAAAUACAAAAGAAAUAGUGAGUGGAUGACGUCAUCAGUCUCCUUAUUUGCAUACUGACCAGGAUGUGCAUAUAACUGUUUUGUGAAAUUAAGCAAAACUUUAAAAUGUCAUAACUUUCUUAUUUUACAUCCGAUCUUGAUGAAAUUUUCAGGGUUAUGCUUGUUGGAUUUUUCUUCUUUUAUUCAAAUCCAUUUUUUGAUGGGGUGGACUUGUCCUUUAAAAAAAUUUAUCAUGGCGUGAAUUGUGAAAGUGGGAACUAGGUAUUAGAAAUGUUCAGGGUUUUGUGGUUUCACAUAAAUUUGUGUGUGAUGUAAAAGUAAAGUUGAUAUUUGUACAAAUAUUUAUAUUUGAAAUCUAUCAAUUUAAUAAAAUGAAAUUUAUUUUAGAAAUAAA